AUGAGCGCGUCAAGUGAUGACCAACUCGCCCAAAGGAAUGGCCGAACCAGGCUGAAGCGCGCCCCGGCCGGAAAGCCCACGCACCGGAACGACCCCAUGCACUCUCCCCUCUACUACGAGACGACCGAAAGGUUAUUCAAAAGCAGCGUUAGAAAUGUGAGCCAUCGAAAUAAAACGUCCGCGUUUGAUUCCGUUGGAGAUGAAAGCAGAGACUCGAACAGGCGCUCCACCGACAAAUGGACGAAUAAAAAAAUAAUUGCACCCCCCCCUGGGGAGAUCAAGGAGAUACUGCAGCAGGAGCCAUUUCAUACGAUGAGCAAAAGACAUGGAAGGAGAAUCCACCAGGAGGUUGCACACGGAAAUAUUUUUUCCAGACAGAGCUCGAAGAAGACCAGCAGCUACAGCCUGAACAACAACCCCUACAGGUGGGGAGUCGACGUGCUUAGGUACCCUUUGCCCCCACCCAAGAGGAACUACAGACACGCGGGGAAUUUAUCGGUACGCAGGGGUGGGCCACGUCUGGGGGGGCACUGGAGUGAGGCAGCUCUCUCCUUACGUUGCUCUCCCAUCGUGUUGCUCUCCCAUCGUGUUGCUCUCCCAUCGUGUUGCUCUCCCAUCGUGUUGCUCUCCCACCAUGCCGCUCUCCCACCAUGCCGCUUCCUCCCCUCAGACCUGCCUCGUGCCGAACAAAAGCGUCGAUACAUAAACUGCAUCCCAAAGGACCUCGAACGGAGCGAGACGAAACCCGCUUGCACUCUUCGCCGGGACAACUUAAACGUUAAAAUAGAGAAAGGCCCCCUCCCCCUCGUGGGUCUCGUCCCUGUGUUGGCUCACCCAACUGAGGGCACCUACCUUACCGCUGAGUCAGCCCAAGGUGCCGACCUCACCCCCAUUGAGCACGUCGGAAGGAGGCCCUUCCACGUAAACACCACAUGCAGGAACAAGCAGUGUUCCGUUGCCUUCAACAGCGCUCGAGAGCCGUCUCCGUUUAGGUCCGGAAAACGAAUCGGGUACAUCUCCGCCAAGAGGGAGCAUUCAGUGUUCUUGUGUUGA